AUGGCCUACACAAUUUAUGAAGGACUCUGGAUCGAUUGGACGAGGGGCCGCUGGCUGGGUGCUACAGUUACAUUGUCACAAGCGAACGGUGCGUUACUGCUCGCAUUCAUCGCCACGUUCGUCACUGUCGUGUCGAUUCGCCUAUGGCGAGUAGUGAGCUUUACACUCCAUCAAAUAUACGCCUCGCAAACUGCUCACGAUGGGCUUCACUUCCAGCGGCAGCAUACACUUCGCAACACGACUAGCCCAGCAGCCGCAUUCAAAUUCUUCUUGCUCCAACUAUGGCAUUGGCGUCAGGCCAAAGGAGUCGUAUGGAGGACGUUGCCUCUCGCUUUGUUUUCCCUGCUGUACAUCGGUGUAUUUGCUGUCCUGGCGGUGUUCUCAUCAAGAGUCUCCAACGGUGCCAGCACAUCUCGCCUCAUCUCACCCUCGGAGUGUGGUGUCUGGAAUCUGGUCGAAAAUCGCUCAGAGAUAGACAUGCUCCAGACAAACAUGGAGAAAACGGCAUACGACGUGACGAAAGCCGUAGGCAUGGCUCGUUCGUGCUACUCAUCAAAUGCUACAUCUCUAAGUUGCAACGUCUCUCCAGUGUCGAUGCUUCAAUCAGAUACUUCGGAAGUCAGCUGUCCGUUUGGGGACAACAUCUGUUUCGAGGGGAAAGCGUUCGAAGUCAAGGCGCGCCCGAUUGAUUCUCGACUACACCUAGGGAUAAACGCUCGCUCAGAAGACCGCGUGAUCUACGAUCGCCAGCUGACGUGUGCUCCUCUCAUCACUAAAGGAUAUGGUCGAUUCGUGAACGACACGGAUGGAAAUCCCACGCAUAUUCAAUACUUCUAUGGAGCGCAGGGCACUUUGGAAACUGAGAACAAACCAAAUCACACAUACGAAUAUCCCCUUGCACGCAAGGCAGCGAAAAUCUCAUAUCAGGUUGAGGUUCACGAACAUCGCGUUGGCGGUGGUCCUUGGUGGAGUCCUAUCGAAGCACUCUCCCGGUCAGAGGGCGACACGUUCAUUAUAUUCAUCGAGCAAAACAGCGUCCGGCACUGGAAGCCCAACCAGGAUCCUGUAUUUCGGGCCAACAAAUCAGUCACCUUGUCGGAAACACCAAUGUUCGAAUCCGGAACGCUACGUCAGCCCGAUCGCCUGCUACCAGCAACACAGAUUCUGCACGCCGGACCACGGACGCUGUACUUCUUGGGGGGGACGUUAUGA